AUUUUGUUGCAUCCACAUAAACCCCCUUCUUUUUUCCACACACUCUCUCUCUUUGAAUUACACUUCUUGUUUAGUUUUCCAUAACCAAAAUUUUCUUGAUCAUCAUUUACGCAACACCAUGUAUAAUCCCAUAGUUAUCCUACUCUCAAUUAUUCUGCUAACCAAAUCAACAUUCUCAGUUGAACAUUGUGAUCAAACUCAAUCUUGUAAUGGGCUGACAAUAAAACGCCCAUUCUGGAUUCCCGAUCUACAAAAACCGGGGUGUGGGUCGACCGGGUUCAACGUCACCUGCAACGAGAACCGGCCGUUGAUCCGGAUCAACGACGCUGAUUUCAUCAUCAUAGACAUAUUCUACGAGAACGCCUCUUUCUUGCUAGCUCAGUCUCGGGCGUUGAACCCCGACGCUGCUUGCGUGGCCCCCGACCGCAAUUUCAGCGUGGUCGGGAGCCCGUUUGCCUACGGGCCCGCCACGACGGACCUCUUCUUCUUGUACAACUGCACGAACCCAUACGAUAGGGAGACGUACGAUGUGGGUUGCGCUAGCAACGCCACGGGGCGUUACUCCUUCGCGGUCUUCCAUCUUGAACUUCUCGAGCACUGGAACUACUCGGCUCGGUCGUGCCGGUCCCCGGUUAACGCGGCCGUGGAGGCCGAUGACGUUGGGCGGCUUGUGAACAUGACGUAUGCUGAGAUUUUGAAGAAGGGAUUUGUUCUGCAAUGGAAUGGAAACGAUUGCGAUGGCUGUCAUAGUGGCAGCAGAUUGAAUUUUGGGCUCAAGAUUAGCAUAGGAAUAGGAGGAGCAAUGAUUACACUAAUUAUGUGUCUAAUUUUCUCAAUCUAUCAUCAUAAAUACAAAAAGCACCAUGCUACUAAUUCAUCUCUACCAUCUUCCUCGAAUUAUCCUUCCAUGUCGAAAGAUCUAGAGAAGGCCGGGGUCCACAUUUUCCACUACAACGAACUCGAACAAGCCACAGACCAUUUCAACCCUAAGAGGGAGCUCGGAGACGGCGGCUAUGGCGCCGUCUUCAAGGGCAAGCUCAAAGACGGCCGCGACGUGGCCGUCAAGCGCCUCUACGAGCACCACUACCGGAGAAUCGACCAGUUCAUAAACGAGGUUGAGAUUGUGACUAAAUUGAGACACAAAAACCUAGUGACCCUCUAUGGGUGCACCGCGUGCCACUCGAGGGAGCUCCUACUCGUCUACGAGUACGUUCCUCAUGGCACGCUGGCCGACCACCUCCACGGGCAACGUCCUGACACAUUGCCCUGGAGGGUUAGGUUAAAUAUAGCCCUGGAGACCGCGGGGGCACUCGAGUAUCUCCAUUCCUUGGGCAUCGUGCAUAGAGAUGUCAAAAGCAGUAAUGUGCUCAUAGACAACGGUUUUUGCCCUAAAAUCGCGGAUUUCGGGCUCUCCCGCCUCCUCCCCGCGGAUGCGACACACGUCUCCACGGGCCCGCAGGGAACCCCGGGGUAUGUGGACCCCGAGUACAACGAGUGCUACCGGCUUACUGAGAAGAGCGAUGUUUAUAGCUUCGGAGUGGUGCUGGUGGAGCUCAUAUCGUCUAAGCCGGCGAUAGAUUUGAGUAGGAAACGAGAGGAGAUAAACUUGUCAAGCAUGGCUGUGAAGAAGAUAGAAGAUAAAGAGGUGGUUGAGCUAGUAGAUCCACAUCUAGGGUUUGAAUCGGAUGAUGAGGUGAGAAGGAUGAUUCUGAGAGUUGCGGUGUUGGCGUUUCGAUGCCUGCAAAUUGGGAGGGAAUUGAGGCCAAAUAUGCAAGAUGUUGUCAAUGUUUUGAAGGAAAUUCAAAGCAAGGAUUGCAUCACAGAUGUAAUGGAUAUUCCUGCAGAUUAUGCACAAAUGUUGGAAGAUGAGUAGUUUUCUGAAUAUCUGGCAAUAGCUUCAAGUUUUUGAGAUUGAUGUAUAUGUAUAAAUUAUUUCAAAUGCACAUAUAUAUCUUGGAGAAGUUUACA